UUUCAGGUACUUGUUUCGUUGUUUGCUGCGGCGUCCGCCGGCUCCCUCCAGACCUAUGGUCUCCCAUCACGUUCUGGACUAAGUCACUCCUUAGGGGCUUCACGCGUCUCCAGUGGUGUUGGCUUCUCUGGUAGCUUAGUCUCCGGUGGUGUCGGCUUAUCUGGCGGCUUAGUCUCUCGUGGUGUUGGCUUAUCUAGCGGCUCUGGGUUCUCUGGUGGUGCAGGAUUUGCUGGUGGUGCAGGAUUCUCUAGAGGUGCAGGAUUCACUGGUGGGGUAGGCGUUUCUGGUGGCGCUGGACUCAUUGGAGGUGCCUGUGGAAAUGGACAGAUCCGUCAUGUGGAUGGAAGCUGCGUGACUCCUCAAAUCACCAGAAACUUGUACGUGUACAGUGCUCCACCACUGGCUCCAAUCGUAGGACCACCACCAAUUGUUCCUCCACCCAAGAUAGAACAAAACGUUUUAUUCAUCCGUUCACCCGAUGUUGACAUAGCUCAAGACCCCAUUAUUGUUCCUCCCCCACAAACGAAAAAUGUUGUGUACGUCCUCAACAAGCGACCUGAACUGGAUCAGAAAGUCGUCCACCUCCCAGCACUUGAGCAACAAACUCCUGAAGUGUUCUUCGUCAACUAUGCCGAAGGCGACAACCCGACUUUGCCCACAGGAGAGGACCUCCAGUCUGCUCUCAGCUCCGCCGCUCAUGGUGGUGGUGAGGUUAUUGGUACUGCUGGUGGCAUUGGAGGCGCCGGAAUCGGCAUUGGAGGUGGUUUUGGAGGCGGGAUUGGAGGAGGGGUUGGAGGCGGCGUUGGAGUCGGCAUUGGCAGGGGCAUCGGAGGUGGCUUUGGAAGUGGCGUUGGAGUCAGUGUUGGAGGAAUUGGAGGCGGCAGUGUUGGUGGUAUUGGCAUAGGAUCUGGCAUAGGUAUUGGAGGAGGAUCUGUGAAACACAGUGGCUUCAGUGUUACCACGCCGUCUAGUCUAUAUGGCGCUCCAUAAAUAACACAAGAGCCCCGUUAUUUUUCCCCUCGGCAAAGACCUCCCCACUUCUGGACCGAAUAACUUAUCAGUUUCAUAUGAUUUCCAGCUUUGCAAACCUUCUUGCUCUUCAUAACUUUUAUUUAUUAUAGCCAAAUAAUGGAUUUAUAUAUUACAUAACAAUUUUAGGUAUCUGCCAUUG